AGCCCUAGAGAGUUUGAUUACUGUCACCUGUGUGUGUGUGUGUGUGUGUGUGUGUGAUCAUCACAAUGAUCUGUGUUGACUCUGAUGAAUUUGGCGGUUUUCCUCAGUAAACACGUCUUGGAUCAUGCUAUCAAGCACAGGCCAGGUGGCCAAACUCUACUUGUCUGUCAUUGAUGAUGUGAUUGAGAGCAUGAGGGAGCUCUUCGUAGAGGAAGGGUUUGAAGACCGUGUCUUGGAUGAUUUAAGACAUCUUUGGGAGUCAAAGAUGAUGCAGUCUAAAGCAAUGGAGGACUUCAGGAAGAACAACAUCAACUCGUCUGACGUUUUGCUGCAGCUUUCUGACAACUACAAACAGACCGGCCCAGAACCAGAACUCACAGCUUCUGUUGUGAUCCCUUCAAACCACAGCUUCCCAGUGAAGUACAGUGCAGAAACCCUGGCUACUUUUUCCCUUCCUCCUGGAUUAACUUACCCUGUGCAGAUACCAGCAGGGGUCACUCUACAAACAGCCUCUGGUCAAUUCUACAAGGUCAAUGUUCCUGUUGUGGUAACUCAGGCCCCAGCGGGUCAGCACCCCUCCAGGAAUCCCCCUGCCCCUAAAUCAGCUGCCAUUCCUCCAAAUACCCUUCAUCCGCAGCAGGUGGAGCCAUUUCCUGCCUCGUCUUCCUGUGUCAAGCAAGCUGCUCUGCCUGACUUACCCACCACUAAGGAGAUCAACGUCCUCCAGGAGCCUCCAGCACCUGCUCCUGCUGACACCUCCCAUCUUCAAGAGGCCGAGUCUCCACACUCUGAGGUCACACAGGGAGAGAGCGAGCCAAGUGACCAGAGUGAACCUGUGAACUCCAGUAGCACUGGCAGUAAUGUAGACAUCCAGCUCAGCAGCACCGAAGGGACACUGACACAGACGGACCAGUUAAAGACCAGAGACAUUGACGACAUCCUGAAAAGGGCAAUAGAGGAGGAAAGGGAGAAAGCUCAACGGCUGGACGGGGGCUACAGCUACAGCGAACUGUCAGAUAUCGUGCAGCUGGAUGGUCCGCUCGACAACUCUGAUGGUGAGGAGGAAGAUGAAGCUCCACUAGAUGAGAACGACUUCUUGGGCAUAAUCAAUGCAGAGGCCCUGAAGGCGCUGCAGGAUGGGGGAGGAAGCAGCGACAGCAUCUCCUCUGGCAGCGAUGGCGAGGAAGCAGAUCAACUGGCUGAUGCAGUGGAAGAGGAUCCCUUGAACUCAGGUGACGAUGUGAUUGAGCAGGACAUCCCCGAUCUGUUCGACACUGACAACGUCAUCGUUUGUCAGUACGACAAGAUUCACCGCAGCAAGAACCGCUGGAAGUUUCAUCUGAAAGAUGGAGUGAUGUCUUAUGCUGGCAGGGACUACGUGUUCUCCAAAGCUGUUGGAGAAGCUGAAUGGUAAUGAGCUUCUGUUCAUCAGCACUGCUCUGAUAGUCAUGUGGAAAAACAGUUGGUGAAAAGCACUUGAAUUUUAAGAUCUUGUUGUUAAAAAGUUUAAAACACCACUGUGCAGAACCCUAGUCAGACGUGUCCCCUAACCAGAAGACUAAGUUAUUCUAAGGUUUCAGCUGGUGACUGUAAAAAGGCAGAAAUUUAUGUUGUACAACAGUUUUCUUUAAUAGUGAAAAAUAGUAUAUGAAUUUAAGUUUAUUGUUGUCUGUUAUGACAAUGUUCCUUAUAGGAAACAUACUGCUGUUAAUUUUGUCUUUAAUAACAAACCAAAUAUAUAUAUAUACAUGGCUAUUCUA